UGGAGAAACCUUCCCAAGAUACCCUUCUUCCACUCCCCCUCCUCCUUCUUCUUUCUCUAGCUUCUAUCACAGCAGAUACCAAUAUCAACACAGACCGUUCUUCUCUUCUUGCCUUGAAAUCCCACAUAACCCCAAACCCCCAAAAUAUACUUAUGAAAAAUUGGACCUCUGAAGCCAAUGUAUGCACUUGGGUGGGAGUUACUUGUGAUUCUCUUUAUAACAGAGUGACUCGGUUGAAUAUAUCGUCCAUGGGACUUGUGGGCACCAUUCCACCAGAAAUCGGAAAUCUUUCUUUUCUUAUUUCUUUAGAUAUAAGCGACAAUUCCUUUCAUGGCCCAAUCCCUUCCUCCAUCUUCGAUAUCUCACCCUUGCAAGUCUUGGUAUUACGAAAUAAUAGUUUAUCAAGUAGUCUCCCAAAUAAUAUAUGUAAACAGAGUCUUCAUGAACUCAAGAGGCUUCGUAUCUCUUACAAUAAGUUGUAUGGAGAGAUACCGUUGAGUUUGGGGCAAUGUUCGAAACUUGAGUAUCUUUCCUUGUAUGGCAACAAUUUUGGUGGGCACGUGCCUACACAAAUUGGGAACAUUUCACUACUUCAGUUUCUAAGCUUUGGUGACAACAAAUUCAGUGGUAAUAUUCCUAAAGAGAUUGGGAACUUGACAAUGCUUCAAACAUUGGACCUUGGUGCCAACAACUUUAGUGGUAAUAUUCCAAACGAAAUCGGUUAUCUUACCAACUUACUAGGUUUGAGCAUGAGAGUCAACGAGUUCUCAGGCCCUAUACCCGGAACCUUGUACAGCAUGACUUCAUUGUUGUAUUUUGACUUUACGUUGAAUAAUUUGACUGGAUCAUUAUCACGAGACAUUAGAAACAUGACAUCCCUUCGAAGAUUAGGCCUUGAAGAAAAUAGUCUAACUGGUAAAAUUCCAAAAGAGAUAGGUGAUCUUCCUGAUUUCGAGCGAUUGAGCAUGUGUUGCAAUAACAUUACUGGUUUAGUGCCAAGAGAACUUGGGAACUUGACAAAUAUGAUUGGUAUAUACCUUGGCAAUAAUGCAUUAAGUGGUACUAUACCAAUAGAGCUGGGUCGUCUUGUUAAUUUAUGGGAGCUCCAGUUGAAAGAAAAUUUUCUAAUUACUGGAUCGAUACCAAAGGAAAUUGGAAACAUGACAUCUCUUUCCUACUUAUUGCUUUAUAAUAAUGAACUAAGCGGUCCUAUUCCAAAAGAGAUUGGAAACUUACCCCUCCUUCGCCAUAUAUGGCUCAACAACAAUAAUUUCAGCGGUAGUAUUCCAAAAGAAAUUGGCCAUCUAAGUAACUUGGAUGUACUCAAUAUUGCAACCAACAAUAUUAGUGGACCAUUGCCCAUGGAAAUUGGAAACCUGACAGCCCUUAAUCAAAUGUGGCUUUUCGACAACAAUUUAAAUGGUAUCAUAUUCUCACUUUCUUUGUGUCUCAAUAUCUACUGCUAUAUGUUAUUCUUGAUCCCUAAACAAAAUCAAUUUUUAGGACCAUUACCUUUUACCAUUGGGAAUUUGUGGAAGCUGAGUUAUUUAGUACUCUCUCAAAACAAAUUAACCCAAGAGAUCCCAUCAUCCAUUUGCAACUUGAGAUCGCUUUUAGUUCUCCAAUUAGGAAACAAUCAUUUUGAAGGGUCAAUUCCAAAAUGUGUUGGGAACUUGAGCACAUCUCUAUUGCUCCUCCAUUUAAAUGCAAAUAAACUUUCUGGCCUCAUCCCAUCAACAUUCACAAAGGGUUGCAGUCUUGAGUCAAUCAAUUUGAAUGGAAACAAAUUGGAAGGAACACUACCCCAAACCCUAGGCAAUUGCAUGGGUCUUCGGGGCAUCGACAUUGGUGGUAAUGAAAUACGAGGUGCAUUUCCCUUUUGGAUGGAAACACUCCCUCAACUUCGCACCCUCAUCUUGGCGUCAAAUAAGUUCAAUGGUACAAUGUUGGUGGCUUCAAACACUGAGCAAUCAUUUCCAAAGUUGCAAGUCUUGGAUGUAUCACAAAAUGCGUUUGUUGGUUCUCUGCCCGAUAGAUAUUUCAAGAAUUUUCGAGGUAUGAUAGAUGCUAAGGAAAAUCGGACCGAUGAUGAAAUGUAUUGGUAUCUAAGAUUUAUGGAGUUGAAGCUCACGGUGAAAGGAUUGGAGCAACUAUUGGAGCGAUUGUUGACAACAUUUACAACUAUCGAUUUGUCCUCCAACAGAUUCUCUGGGAGCAUACCACCUUCUCUAGGGAAUCUAUACUCACUUAGAUACUUGAAUUUGUCUCACAAUACCCUCACGGGACACAUACCGCCAUCUUUUGGAGGUAUGAGUUUGCUCGAGUCAUUGGACCUGUCUUCAAACAAACUAAAUGGAGAAAUUCCGAGUCAAUUGGCAAGAUUGACAUUUAUUGCGAAGUUAAACCUUUCGAUGAAUAAUCUUGAAGGACAAAUACCACAUUCUACCCAACUUUCUACAUUUGAUAAUGAGUCAUAUGUGGGAAAUGUAGGAUUAUGUGGAUUUCCAUUGACGAAAACAUGUGAGGGGAGUGAUGAAAAACCAUUAUUUCCUGAAGAAGAAGAUGGUGAUGAGGAUGGAUUUAUUGAUGGAUUUGGUUGGCGAAGUGUGGUGAUGGGGUAUGGAUGUGGAUUUGUAGUUGGAAUUGGAAUUGGUUACAUAAUUAUAAGAUAUGGAAGGCCAAAAUGGUUAGUGAAUUUUUUUCUUGGCGUUGGAUAUGAUACUAAGGAGAUGAAGAGAAGAAAUAGAACAACAGCACAAAGGAGGAGGUGAUUCAAGAUACACAUUGUGGUUUUCUUGAGCUAGAUUUGGUAUGUUAGGAGAAAUUAAUGUAUGAUGUUUUGUAAAUUAUGCAUUUUAAAAAUUUGCUAAGUGUUAUUUCUAUGUUGGGCUCAUUUUAAAUACAGUCUUUAUAGAGACUGUAUUUACAUCAAUAACGUGUCUCUGUUAAGGGACAAUAUCAUGUGAAUCACAACUUUGUAAUUGUUUUUAUUUUCUAUACUAUUUCUGUAUGAAUAUUUUCUAUUUCAGAUA